ACCUUGGCUUCAUGGCAGAGAACAGCACCAGGGUGGUGGAGUUUAUUCUGAUGGGGUUCCAGGUUCACGCAGAGCUGCAGUUAUGCCUGUUCUUCGUGUUUCUGGCCUUUUAUCUCAUCACCAUGGGGGGCAACCUGGGCAUGAUCAUGCUGAUUCAGAGUGACCCUCGGCUGCAGACUCCCAUGUACUUCUUCCUCAGCCACCUGUCCUUCCUGGACGUCUGCUACUCUUCUGUUAUUGUCCCUCAGUUGCUUGAGACCUUGAGGACUGAGAAGACGGUCAUCACCUACGAGCGCUGUGCCACCCAGUUCUUCUUUUUUACGUUCUAUGGUAGCACCGAGUGUUUCCUUUUGGCUGUGAUGGCCUAUGACCGCUACGUGGCUGUGUGUAAUCCCCUCCUCUACGCCACGGCCAUGACACCGCAGACCCGCCUGGGGCUGGUGGCUGCUGCAUAUGCUGGUGCCAUGGUGAAUGCCGUGGUCCGCACUGGGUGUACCUUCUCCAUCGCCUUCUGUAAAUCCAAUCAAGUGGACUUCUUCUUCUGCGACCUUCCACCGCUGCUGAAACUGGCCUGUAGUGAGACCAGGCCCCGGGAGCAGGUCAUCUACCUCUUUGCUUUCCUGGUCAUCAUCUUGAGCGUUUUCGUGAUUCUUGUAUCCUACCUGUUCAUCAUUUGGGCCAUUCUGAAGAUUCAGACAGCGGGUGGUAAAGCCAGGACCUUCUCCACUUGUACUUCUCACAUGAUGGCGGUGGCUCUAUUCUUUGGGACAUUCAUAUUCAUUUACCUGAAAGGUAACAUGGGCAAGUCCCUCUGGGAAGACAAGAUUGUGUCAAUGUUUUACACUGUGAUCAUUCCCAUGCUAAACCCCGUGAUCUACAGCCUGAGAAACAAGGAAGUGCAGGAGGCUCUGAAGAAAGUCUUCAAAAGGUUUGUGAGGGUUUCCCAAGCCGAGUAAGGCUGGCGCUUCAUCAGGCCAGAAGUCCCUGCAAGUCAUGCUUUGAGUUUUUAAUCUCACUCUCUUAAAACAUCAACUAGAUUUCAUAAUUACUAAGCUAUCGUGAAGCACAGAAAUGGAAUUUGGGGUUCUGGAACUUUGUUAGUUCUAUGACCUUGAGUUGGAGAUGCUCUGUAUCAGUUUUCUUAUCAGACAAAUUUCUGCCUUGCUAUGACUGAAGGUUGAGAGACCUUCAGCUAGGCACAAGAGAAAUGGAAUACCACAUUUGUAAAUAACAAUGUGCUAUAGAAUAUGAGAUGUAUUUUUCUUACCUGUUCUAGAUAUAGUUUGAAUGUUUUCUUUAA